UUAAGGUUGGUCGUCCGGAGCCGAAGCUGGGCAGUCGGACAUCUGUGGUUAGCAACGGAAGUUUAGACGCGGAAGACGGAUGCGCUUGUGAAGCCCGGAUCCGAACCUCAGACCGCAACAACGCAAGACUACAUCACCGCACGCAUCACUGCAAUAUUCUAUACAAUCUUGCACCAUCAUUUGGUUGCGAGCAACACUAUACGGUCGUAGGGCAAUCUAGGAAUGCUCGUUGCGCUCACUUACACCCAAAAGAACCGAACAAGGUCCACGUCCUCAACUUAUACAUAGAUAACCAGGGGAAUCUCCAAACUCGCUAUCAUGGCCCCGGGACGCGUUGGAGACUUUACAGCCAGCAGCAACAGCUGUUGCUGCACCACCACCGGCAGCCUAGCCACCCCACCCUCUUCCCCGCGAGCCCAAACAGACGGCUCCUCCCUCUACCGCAUCGACAUGCACACGCACAUCAUGCCCUCCACCCUCCCAGACCUCUCCUCCUACCCCACAAACUCCCCCAGCAGCCCCUGGCUUUCCCUACGUCCAAGCAAAACAGGCCAGCCGGAUCAAAUCGACAUGUAUGUAGGAUCCGCUUUCUUCCGCACCGUAGAGCCCAACUGCAUCGAUCCGGCCGUCCGCCUUGCAGAGAUGGAUGCUGCGGGUGUGGAUGUGCAAGUCCUCAGCACGGUGCCCAUCCUUUUUUUCUACGACGAGCCGGCGGAGCCGGUUACUGUCUUGGCGAGAUCGCUGAAUGAUCAUAUCGCCAAUGUCUGUAACCAGUAUCCUGAUAGGUUUGUCGGGCUGGCGACGGUGCCGUUGCAGGACGUUGGUGCAUCAGUGGAGGAGCUGCGGAGGGCGAAGGGGUUGGGAUUGAAAGGGGUGGAAAUCGGGACUACGAUCGGUGAUGCGAAUCUCGACGACUCUAUGCUGGAGCCGUUCUGGACGGCGUGCGAGGAGUUGGAGAUGCCGGUUUUCGUGCAUCCUCUGGGUUACUCGUUGAGCAAAGAAAACCCCAAGAGGUGGGAGAAGUACUGGGGCAGCUGGCUGGUGGGGAUGCCAUGCGAGACGGCGCUGGCUAUUCUUGCAUUGACAGCUUCGGGAAUGCUGCUUAGACACCCAAGGCUGAGAUUGUGUUUUGCGCACGCCGGGGGCGCGUUCCCGGCGUUGUUGGGGAGGAUACAGCAUGGGUAUGAGUGUAGGCCGGACUUGGUCGCCGUGAAUGCUGGGGGCGUCAGUCCGAAGGAGCAUAUGGGCCGGGGUGGGUUUUGGAUCGAUUCGUUGGUGCAUGAUCCGGAUUUGUUGGACUUUUUGUGUAGGAAGAUUGGGAAGGAUAGGGUUGUGAUGGGGAGUGAUUAUCCAUUUCCCUUGGGAGAAGUUCCGAUUGCUGGGAAGAUGCUGUGCUUUGAGGACAGGCUGUCCAAGUUCCUAACCUGGGAUGAGAGGGCGAAUAUGCUGGCUGGAAAUACUAUCGAUCUGCUCAACCUCGGGCCUGAAUUUACCAUUGCUGGGACCCAGGAGAAGAUGAAUACUGGGUCUGAGCAGACAAAGGGCUUUAGAGAUCAUGAGCAGACGGGAGACAACGCUGUCGUGUCGCAAGAGGCACCAGCGGCACAGGCGCAUGAUUGGGCCUCGAGCGUGUAUGUAUAA